AUGCCAGGGAUGGUCAGUAAAAAUUCCGAUCUCGAAUUCGACUCUUUGCAGCCCUGCUUCUAUCCAGACGAAGAUGAUUUUUAUUUGUGCGGUCCCGACUCUGCUCCUCCGGGGGAGGAUAUCUGGAAAAAGUUUGAGCUACUGCCUACACCUCCUCUGUCUCCCAGCCCGGCGGGUCUGCAGGAGAACCCCCCAGGAGGAGCCCCCGUAUCAUGGGGAGGAACGGCUCUAGGGGGAUACCGAACCAGCGACCCUCUGGACUGGGCAUCCGAGUUGCUGCUGCUGCCUCCCGAAGCUGACCUGUGGGGCAGUGGCGAUGGAGGAGAUUCCUUCGAGAUGGGUUUGGGAGAAAGCAGCAACCUCAACGCCAUCAUUAUUCAGGACUGUAUGUGGAGCGGCUUUGGAACCAGUGAUAAACUGGAAAGGGCAGUCACCGAGAAGCCACAGACUAAAGGAGGAACAGCUGGAGCGCCUGCCCCAACUGGCUCCGCCAUCCCCCCAGCUGCCCACCCCUCCAAAACCAGCCCUGGAAACAAUAGCGGCAGCCAAGCAGAGCUCAACAAUUCCGUGUCGGAGUGUGUGGAUCCAGCCGUGGUUUUCCCUUUCCCCGUUAAGAAGCCAGAUCUCCCAGCCCCGGUCUCCUCCGGAGGAGGAGGCGGAGGAGUGGCAGGGGCCCGGGUCAGCUUGAACUGCAGCAGUGGCCUGGCUCAAGGGGUAGCAGUCCCUUCACCCCGAAGCAGCCACCACCCAAGUAUAACUAGUGACAACCGGGCCAACAACAGUUCGGGAGACGACACACUCAGUGAUUCUGAUGAAGAUGAGGAAGAAGAGGACGAUGAGGAAGAAAUUGAUGUGGUCACUGUGGAGAAGAGGCGCUCUUCCUCCUACAAAGCUAUCACCACCCUGACCAUUGCGAUGCGUCCCAAGAGCAGCACUCCCUUUGCCUCCGUGAGAACUCAGCCCAGUGAGAUCAUCCUAAAGCGCUGUGCCCCAAUCCACCAGCAGCACAACUACGCCGCGCCUUCCCCUUACAUCGAGAGGGAAGAUGUGCCUCCGCCCAAAAAGCUAAAAAACGAAGCGCUUCGUCCGUCAAAGCCAGUGACCCAACCAAAGCCCAAGAGCUCCAGUCCUCGCAAUUCGGAUUCAGAGGACAGCGAGCGCCGACGCAACCACAACAUUUUGGAACGGCAGCGGCGUAACGAUCUGAGGUCGAGUUUUCUGACAUUAAGGGACCACGUGCCUGAACUGGUGAAAAAUGAGAAGGCCGCCAAAGUGGUCAUCUUGAAAAAAGCCACUGAGUAUGUCCAUUCCCUGCAGGCUGAGGAGCACAAGUUGUUGUUGGAAAAGGAAAAACUCCAAAUCAGGCAACAGCAGUUGAUAAAAAAAUUAGAACAUAUGCAGACUUGCUAA